AUGGAGAAUAUUAAAAAUAUAGAAAAUGUUUUACAAACUACACAUGUUAAAGAUUUUGAAAAAAAUAAGGAAAAAAAAAUAAAUGAAGAAGAAAUUCCUAAUGAAGCACAAAACGAAGAACAAUUGAAUAUAAAUAUAUCUAAUAAUAAUAUGCAGAAUGAAGAAAAAAAUUUGAUACCUCAUAAUAUUCCUAUUAAAGAAUAUAAAGUAGAAAUUGAUACAAAUGAAGAAAUGAAUAUUUUAAAUAAGAAUGAGUCAGUAUCUAAUAAUGAAAAAGAAAAUAAUUUAAAAGAAUCAACUGCUCAGAUAACAAUAAAUAAUAAAAUUAAUAAGAAUGAAAUAAAUAUAACAUCAGUUAAAAAUAAAGAUGAAAAAAGUAAUAAUAUAAUAAGAAGUAAUAAAAGGAAAAUUGAUGAUGAAACCAAAGAAUCAAUUUCCAAAAAAUUAAAAAUUGAGAGUAUUGAACAUGAUUGUGAAUUAAGUUUACCAAAUAAAAUAAAUAAUAGUAUUUUUAAUAGUGAAAGUAAUAUAAGGUCAUAUAUAAAGAAAAUAAAAAAUAAUUUCCAUAUAUAUUGGAAAGAGUGUGAAUGCCAAUUAAAAGAACUAGAAAAUUGUUUUGUAGAGAAUGAAAAACUAAUUAAGGAAAUUGUUUGUGAAAAUAACAAUGCAAUAAAUAACAAAUAUAUAGGUAAUGAAAUGGAAGAACAUAUGAAAAGAAAAAUAGAAAAAAAAAGAAAAAUAUUAAAUAAUAUUAUGAACAUAAGAUUGAAUUACAGAAUCAUUGAGAUGUAUUUAUUUACUAUGAGGCAAUUCUCUUAUUCAUUAAAAGAAAUUAAUGAUUAUGUUUCUCUUAUUUUAGAUGAAAAUAAAAUAACAAAAAGUAACUAUGAAAUGAUAAUUGGAAAUUUAUUGAAAUUCAAAGCAAAAAAUUAUGAAGAUAUAAAAAAUACUAUAGAAAAAAAAAUGCUAUCUAUGGAUAAAUUUUCUAAAAACAAAAAUGAAAGUAUAUAUUCAAGAGAUGAUUUUUCUCAUUUACAAACUUUAAAAUGCUUACAACAUGAAAUAUCCGAGCGUGUUGAUGCGAAAACUGAUUUACGAUUAUUAAUGAUAAAGAAGAGAGAAUAUUCUGAAAAAUUUAUGAAAGAGAACCAAAGAAAAAUUAUUUCAUUUAAUAAAUUAUCAUCAUUUAAACAAGGUAUUAAAUGUAUUAUUGAUAAAUACAGUACAUUGAAUUUAGAACUUUCAAAAUAUUUAUCAACUUUUUAUUAUAAAAUUUUUAAUCAUCAAAUUGAGUUGAGUGUCAACAAUAUUUCAAUUUUAAAUAAUAAAAAACCAUUUAAUUUUUUUUUUGUUUUUAAAGAGCAAAGUAAUACUAACGAUGUUUUUAAUUACAUGAAAUAUGAUACUAUUACAAAAAUUAGAAAAAAUAAUGGAAAUUCCCCUAAUUGUAAGGAAGUUCACAAUGAAUAUAUAGCUCUAAACUUUCAUACAAAAGAUAAUUUUGAUAUUUCCAUUUUACCUGAUUUAAAAUAUCUUAGUUAUUUAAAUGUAGAAAUAGAAAUAUCUUAUUUAUACAGUAGUGAUUGCUUAGUUGCAAAAACAAAUUCUAUUGAAUUCAUAGGGUUGCAUAAUGGACGUAAAUUAUUAUCCGAUAUAUAUAGCAAUCAAGAUCAUUUUCUUUUAUUUUCAAAAGAUAUAAAUGAUUUUCAAAAUUUUAAAUAUGGUUUUCCUUUUUUAUGGCUGAAUGCAAUGGCAGAAAGAUCGUAUACAUUGGAUACAGAACAUGAAAUAUGUCAAAAAGAUGAAUCAAAUAAAAAAAGUGAAAAUAACAAUACUAUAGAAAAUUUUCAGAAUGACAAUUUUGAUAAGAAAAAAUUAUCAGAUAUAUAUAAUUGGCAUUUAAAUAGAACUUUAGAUAUAUCUGUGCUUUUCUCAAAAAUAUUUACAAGAAUACUAUUUAGAAUAUGGGAUAUUUGGCAAAUUCGUCAUUACAAAUAUUACCCAAAUGUUUUUCCUCCUUUUUCUUGUGAAAAACAUCUUGAAGCUUUAAAAAAAAUUCAAUCAGUUUCAUUACAGCAAAUAUCUUAUUUUGAUAUUAUAACUGAAGAAUCCUAUUUAAAAGAGGAAAAUGAACAUACUGAUGAAUGCAGCAAAGAUAAUAUAUAUGCCUGUUGUUUUAUUCAAUUAUAUGAAUCCUGCUUAGUAAAAGCAUUUAUCAGUAUUCCCUUCAACGGAAAGGAACCUUAUUUUAGUGUAUUUUUAACAAAAAAAAAAUAUUCAAGAAGGUUAAAGAAAUUGCAAGAUUAUUUAAACACAACAGUUGUAAAUAAACAUUCUAGAAUUGAAGAUACACAAAGACAAAUUAUAUUAACUCUGCAACUAGCAAAAUUAAGGGAAGGAGCACAUAAAUACUUUAAAUCGUUUAGUAAAAAUUCAACACUUACAUUUGAUGAAGACAUAAGUUAA